UCGUAUUUAUAAUAUUGAAAUUCUUGUUUAAAUUGUUUGUCAACUUGUAACUUUCCAUCCAACUGAAAUAAAGAAUAUUUUUCUACAUAUUGCGUGAGAAGAUAAAUAACAUGGCGAUGCAAUCUGUAAGACAAAGAUUUUUCCAAAUCAUAAGAGAAUCGGAUAAGAAGAGAUUUUUAAGCUCCCAGCAAAUAAUUGAUCGUGACAAUAAGUACGGUGGUAUCCAUUUCAAACCAUUACCAGUUGUUUUGACUCGGGGAGAAGGAGUUUAUCUGUGGGAUGUCGAUGGAAAACGGUAUUUGGACUUCUUAGCGGGAUUUUCCACUGUCAACCAGGGCCACUCUCACCCACGUUUAGUGAAAAUCAUGAGAGAUCAGGUUGGAAAGGUGACACACACAUCGAGAGCCUUUUAUUCAGAGCCUCAUGGCGAACUGGGAGAAUAUUUAACGAAACUUCUGGGAUGGGAUCGAUUUUUACCGAUGAACACAGGUGUUGAAGGUGGCGAAACGGCUAUUAAAAUAGCUAGACGCUGGGGAUAUAGAGUGAAGAAAGUGCAGAGUAAUAAAGCCACUGUCGUGUUUGCUGAAAACAAUUUCUGGGGCCGUACGUUAGCUGCAUUAUCGGCCUCAUCGGACCCAAACUGUUACACGGAUUUCGGCCCAUACAUGCCUCUCUUCGAAAAAGUGCCGUAUAAUGAUCUGGCUGCUCUGGAGAAAAAGUUCCAGGAGAACCCCAACAUCUGCGCGUUCAUGAUGGAACCUGUCCAGGGAGAAGCUGGUGUUGUUGUGCCGAGCGAUGGCUAUCUAAAAGGUGUAAGAGAAUUAUGUACAAAAUACAACGUUCUGUGGAUUGCCGACGAGGUACAGACUGGUCUUGGCAGAACUGGUACGCGCUUGGCGAUUGAUCAUGAAGGUUGCAGGCCGGAUAUUCUCAUUCUGGGGAAAGCACUCUCUGGUGGCAUGUAUCCGGUUUCCGGUGUCCUGGCGGAUGACCAGAUAAUGCUCUGCCUGGAAACAGGUUCGCAUGGAAGUACCUUUGGUGGAAGUCCGCUCGGAAACAGAGUUGCCCUGGAGGCGGUUAAGAUAAUAGAGGAGGAGAAUUUGGCAGAGAAUGCAAAGAAGCUCGGAAAAAUUCUCAAGGAGGAGCUGAGCAAGGUGCCGAAGGACAUUGCGACAGAAUUUCGUGGACGUGGCCUUUUAGCUGGUCUCAUAAUCAAAAAAGAAUUCGCCGAGGGUUGGGAUAUCUGUCUGAAAUUGAGAGAUGCUGGCUUGUUGACGAGACCUGCACACGGUCAGAUCAUUAGAAUAUCACCUCCGUUAACGAUUACGGAGGGACAGCUGCGAGAAGGAAUAAACAUUCUCACUACAGUCCUGAAAAACUACAAAUAAAAAUAUCGUAACAUUUCGUACUUAUUAUAAAUAUAUUUUUACAACAGAUCA